AUGUCAAAUACUUCCAAACAUACAUUACGUCGUCGAAAGGGAAGUGGAGGAAAAGAAAUAGAGGAAAAAUCCGAUCUUCAAUCCAAUCAACAAAAUUUAUCUCAGAAUAGAUCAUUUAAAAGUUGGGCAAAAAAGAAAUUAGAUGAAUGGGAUCCUUCUUUGAAGUUGAAGAAUACUGCAACCAAUGAGAGAACUUUUUUAGCAUGGCUUCGAACAUCUCUUUCAUUUAUUAGUAUUGGAGUAGCCGUAACACAAUUAUUCAGAUUAACAUCUGGUAGUGAUAAAUCGAAUGGAGAUAAACUUGGAAAACCUUUAGGAAUCGCUUUUAUAAUUCUUGGCUUCGUUUUUUUAAUUUUUGGAAUUUGUCGAUAUUUUCGUUCUCAAUAUUUAAUGACUUACGGUCAAUUUCCUGCUAGUCGAGGUAGUGUCAUAAUAGGGUUUGGAUUUGAUUUAGGUACUCAACGACAAAAAAAAGUGAGGUAA